GUGAGCUCGACACUGAGUAAUUUGAGUCUUCGCAUGGUCGUAGUAUGGCUUUAAAACGUUAGAUUGAGUACAGUUCUGGUGUAAACAACCAUUUACUCCCAGAAACAAUAAAUGGACAUCUCAUCAGAUGGAUUAAAUAUUUUGUUGUGUUGAAUAAGUGGCUCACUUCUAUACGGCGUCGCGCGAAGUUCAUACGAUGCAGGUCAUUCGUCUUACUUCUGAUUUGUGUAAAAAUGGGACAGUAAUCACAUUGCUUUGCCCAGCGUCCACAACUGCUUGUGAGAUUGACUUGGGAAAAGCCACCAACUGGUCGUUCAGCAGUGGACAAAACUCCACCGUAGCUGCACCGGCUAUUGUUCCAGACAAAUGGAGCAAGUUCAACUUCUGGACUGGCCUGACCUUAGCCGUGUUCUCAGCUUUUCUCAUCGGUGGCAGUGUGAUCCUGAAAAAGAAGGCGCUGCUGCGUCUGGCUACAAACGGUCAAACAAGGGCAGGUGAAGGUGGUCAUGGGUACCUGAAGGACUGGCUGUGGUGGGGUGGACUCUUGACCAUGGGAGGUGGUGAGGCAGCAAACUUUGCAGCUUAUAUGUUUGCGCCGGCCACUGUGGUCACCCCUCUGGGCGCUCUAAGUGUCCUUUUCAGUGCAGUACUUUCCUCACACCUCUUUGGCGAGACCAUGAACCUGUUGGGGAAGCUGGGCUGCAUGCUCAGCCUUUUAGGAAGCACCAUAAUGGUCAUACAUGCGCCAGAAGAGGAAGCGGUGAAAACGUUACAGGCGAUGACCGAUAAAUUGCUAGACCCAGGUUUCCUUGUAUUUGCUAGCAUCCUUCUUGUGACAUGCUUGGCUCUUAUCUUCUACUUCUCUCCUCGUAUUGGUCAGACCAACAUAUUGAUCUACAUAAGUAUCUGCUCCCUGCUGGGAGCCUUCACCGUGUCCUCAGUAAAGGGUCUGGGCAUCGCAAUCCGCACCGCCCUCUCCAACCCUUCUGUUUUCUGCCACCCCCUCGCCUGGAUCCUGCUCUUCAUCUUGGUGUUGUCCAUCAUCAUUCAGAUCAAUUACCUGAACAAGUCGCUGGACACCUUCAACACCCUGCUGGUCUACCCCAUUUACUACGUGUUCUUCACCACUGUGGUCCUGACCACCUCCAUCAUCCUGUUCAAAGAGUGGGGCUCCAUGUCGGGCGUGGACGUGGUUGGCACCGUCGGGGGCUUCCUGGUUAUCGUGCUGGGCGUGAGCAUGCUGCACCUGUUCAAGGACCUGCAGGUGUCUCUGGAGGAGCUGCAGAGCACCCUGUGCCAGCCGCAGGGCCGGCACAGCCUGGCCAAGAGGGAGGACAAGCAAGUCCUCAUCGAGAACGUGGACACGCUGCCACCCAUGAGGGAAGAAGGCCCGCGAGUCUUCAUUAUCAGCUGAGUGGCAUUUAGGAGAAUAGCAAAACAAUUUUUUUUUCCUACCCUUUUUUGGGUUGUAAUGCUGGUGUGUUGCUGCUGUGUAAGGGGAGUCACGCUCUGAUGGACACUGUUUAUGAUGCAGCCAGGCUUCUGUUGGUGCUGCUGAGGACACGCUGUGAUGAGAUGGAGCCCCUGAGUUUUAACAUGUUUAGUUGUGUAUAUCUGGUCUUGGCAGUAUUACUAAGGUUCAGAAAAGGCACCAUCAUGUCUUCAUUUUUCAAAUUUCCCAAGCAUCUGUCACAUUUACAGUCUUUUUGUAUUAUGUAUGUAUGUUAUAUUGUUGUUUUUAAGUCUCUGCUUUUGAUUGAGUAUGAUUGUUUUACGUUUACAUUUUCAUAACAGUUGCUGCAAACCCCAUAACAUUGCAUAUUUUGUACAUUGUGAUUAUUAUGCACAGAGCUGAAAACAAUCUGAUGUAUUUUCUGAUUUGUUUGUUACUGCUGCUAACUACUUUUUAAACAUAUUUUAUUAAAUCUUAAUUAAAGCUAAGAGCACACUUUAGGUGAAAACUGGAAACAUUUUAACUCUAUGCUCUCCUAUUUCAAACUAUAUACAUCUUUUCAAAUUUGGGCUAAAACAGUGCAGAUAUUGAUAAUGCUCAUAAACACAUUUAGUGAUUUGAGUACCUUCAAAGUUCAAAAUUCAUUGGCUUUAAAAAGGAUUAUGAUUGGUUUAGGGAAUGUUGGAGGCCAAAUGCGUUGUGCAGGAUAAUUUGUGAGGGUUUGCUUGACUGUAUUGAAAAUGUGAACUCCCCUUUAGACAUUAAAAAACUGCUGAAGACAGGAAGAGGCAGCCACUGAACGUUAUGCUGCUAAGUACUGUCAGUGACGCAGGAAACGACGAGGCAGAGGCAAACAAUAAAGGC